AUGGAGCCACCCGCAGCGAAACACGGCUCCUUGCGGAACAUUCUGGUUCGUCUAUUCUCCUUCGCCGUUCUCAUCCUCGCCACGCGAUUCGCCAUCAUCGUCACCGUCCGCGGCGGGUCCUGCGAAUCCGCCGAUUUCUGCUUCUUCUCCGAAAACCUCACUCUGUCCUCCCCCUCCCCCUCCUCUGACGCCGGAGAUCCGUUUACCGGCAAGAACUGGCGCCGUUCCGUCGAGUACUACGCCGCCAUUUUCCAGGACCUCAUUGCAGACGGCUUCCUCUCCCCGAACUCCCGCGCCCUCUGCAUCGACACGCCCGCGGGCGAGGACGUCCUCGCUCUAAAAGAGGUCGGCAUCGUCGACUCCGUCGGANACGCGGCAGUGAGAGACGCUUACAGCUUCGAUUCUUUGCUUGAAUUGUUUAAAUGCUGUGAAUUGAUCAGAACUCGAGAAAUCAACGGUGUUGAAUCCUCUCUGGUUCUUGAAAUCUUGUUGAAGAAGAAAAAGGAAAACCUUAAUUUCGAAAUGGAAAGUGUAGAUAGUAGCAAUUUCGGGAAUAAGUGCUCUAUUCCUGGGUAUAAACGUGAAAUGGUUAAAAAUGCAGAGGCAUUGAUUGAGGAAGAGCCAUUGAAACCUUGGACUUUAUUAAAGAAAAAUGUGAAGAACGUAAAGUACUUAACUUCUUUGUUGAAGGCAUGCAACGAUCCUCUCCAACACGAAGGGCUUCGUAGCCUACGUGGAUAA